UGUCUAAGGACAUACUCCACCAUUUUUACUGUUUUUAUUUGAAUUUGAGUUUAGACUUACUUUAACCCAUAGGAGAAGUGUGAGCUGGAAGGGAUAGGGUUGAGUCUGCCGUGUCCAAUAAUGCAGAAAUAAAUGGCCCGGAGUAGGGGACUCAAGUGGACAGCAGCCGGGAAACAGAAUGCAUCGCUCCACUUUGUAAUGCUGUGUGAUUCUGAAUGUGAUAGAAAUCCAAAGUGGCUCCUGUGUUCCAUAAAUCAUCACACAGAUGUGUAACAUACAGAUCCACAAAACCUACUCUUUAAAAUGAAGCCACAUUUUCACUGGAGCAGUACCCCUUUAUAGUACUGUAAACGUCCGGAGACCCUGGCUCCCAGUGGCUAUGUACCUCAAGCUCCAGUUGUGACAGAAUUACAUGCAGAAUGAUUUAAAGAACCAAAAGGAAUCAUUAGAUUUGUAGGGAAAUUGAGGUUGUGUUUUUUUUUUUAAUUGAACACUGCUAAGAAGGAAUAUUUGUCACCUUUCCUCCUCUCCCAAAAAGGUGCUGAGCUAAAGAGAGAGAGUGGGGGGAGAGGCAGAGGGGAGAUUACAUCACCUUCUUUAAAGCAGCAAGCAGUGUGAUGGGUUCCUGAGAGGAAUGCUUGGUGGAGAUCACCUGUGCUCUGCCUUCUGAUAUCCAUCCGGCCUCUUUCUUAUUUUUAUUUUUAUUUUUUGGCAGGAACAUCUUGUUGUCCAGUGUUACUAGACAGUAAUAUUGAAACUUGCCAAUUCUGACUAUUAUAUUUAUCCCAUCUGCAAGUAGUAGACAUCUUCAUGCCUGUGCUGAAUUUUCAUGAUUAUUUUAUAAAGUCUUCCCUUGACCUUGGGAUAUCUGGGAGAGGCAUUUUGUCUGAGUACUAUCUCUUAGCUUCCCUUUUUAAUGUGAUGCAUUUAUGGCAGUGUUUAAGACUCAGGCUGUCAGUGAAUUUUGGAAGACUGGACUUACAGAGGGCUUGUCCCUUUCUGCUUCUACUUUAUCUAAGGACUGUGAAAUAGACCUUAGGAAUAUUAUUUUGGUGCCUUUGUAAGAUUUUCAUACCAAGGAAUAGCCAGGCUCCCUCUGAGCCCAGAUGCACGAAGUGGGCAGAGCUAGAAGCUGCAGUCUAUCAGCUUUUGUCAGUCUGCCAGCAGCGGGCCGUACCAUGCUGCAAGGAGUGAUAAAAAGGGAGAGAGUGCACUGCUGGGAGAGCACAGGCAAAUUCGACACCUUUCAGAGCGGCGAGUGCAGAGACAUUGCGGCCGUGUGGCAUGUAGGCUCUGGGAGCGAGGCUGGGGCUGUCUGAAACUGGCAUCCAGGCGAACUGAUGAAGCAGGAGUGGUCUGGUGACAUUUUUCUGACUUGAUUGGCUGGGGCUUGUGAUGUAAUAGGUUACAGUGCAGCCCCGUAUAGGUUUUAAAAUGAAUUCCAAGACACCAUUACAAAGAAAGCCGGACUCUUUCCUUAUAACUGAGCACAGCCAAGGAAACUCUCGCACAAAUGUACACCACGGUUUGGACUAUGGAAGACCUGGACUUAGAGUGUGCCAAGACCGAUAUAAACUGUGGCACAGACUUGAUGUUUUAUAUAGAAAUGGAUCCACCAGCACUGCCCCCUAAACCACCCAAGCCCACCCCUGUAGCCAACAACGGCACGAACAACAAUAUGUCCUUACAGGAUGCUGAAUGGUACUGGGGGGAUAUCUCAAGAGAAGAAGUGAAUGAAAAACUCCGAGAUACUGCUGACGGGACCUUUUUGGUACGAGACGCAUCUACUAAAAUGCAUGGCGAUUAUACUCUUACACUAAGGAAAGGAGGAAAUAACAAAUUAAUCAAAAUCUUUCACCGAGAUGGAAAAUAUGGCUUCUCUGAUCCAUUAACCUUCAACUCUGUGGUUGAACUCAUCAACCACUACCGGAAUGAGUCUUUAGCUCAGUACAAUCCCAAGCUGGAUGUGAAGUUACUCUACCCAGUGUCUAAAUACCAGCAGGAUCAAGUUGUCAAAGAAGAUAAUAUUGAAGCUGUAGGGAAAAAGUUACAUGAAUAUAAUACUCAAUUCCAAGAAAAGAGUCGAGAAUAUGAUAGAUUAUAUGAGGAAUACACCCGUACUUCCCAGGAAAUCCAAAUGAAAAGAACAGCUAUUGAAGCAUUUAAUGAAACCAUAAAAAUAUUUGAAGAACAAUGCCAAACCCAGGAGCGGUACAGCAAAGAAUACAUAGAAAAGUUUAAACGCGAAGGCAACGAGAAAGAAAUUCAGAGGAUUAUGCACAAUUAUGAUAAGCUGAAGUCUCGCAUCAGUGAGAUCAUAGACAGUAGAAGAAGAUUGGAGGAAGACCUAAAGAAGCAGGCCGCCGAGUACCGUGAGAUUGACAAGCGAAUGAACAGUAUUAAGCCGGACCUCAUUCAGCUGAGAAAGACAAGAGACCAAUACUUGAUGUGGCUGACGCAGAAAGGAGUUCGGCAGAAGAAGUUGAAUGAAUGGUUGGGAAAUGAGAACACUGAAGACCAAUACUCGCUGGUAGAAGAUGAUGAGGAUCUGCCCCACCACGACGAGAAGACAUGGAAUGUGGGAAGCAGCAACAGGAACAAAGCUGAGAAUCUGUUGCGAGGGAAGCGAGACGGCACUUUCCUUGUCCGGGAGAGCAGUAAGCAGGGCUGCUACGCCUGCUCUGUAGUGGUAGAUGGCGAAGUCAAACAUUGUGUCAUCAACAAGACUGCCACCGGCUAUGGCUUUGCCGAGCCCUACAACCUGUACAGCUCCCUGAAGGAGCUGGUGCUACACUAUCAACACACCUCCCUCGUGCAGCACAACGACUCCCUCAACGUCACACUAGCAUACCCAGUAUAUGCACAACAGAGGCGAUGAAGCGCUGCAGUCGGGUCCAGUUCCUCACCUUCAAGCCACCCAAGGCCUCUGGGAAGCAAAGGGCUCCCCUCCAGCCUGACCUGUGAACUGAGCUGCAGAAACGAAGCCGGCUGUCUGCCCAUGGGACUAGAGCUUUCUUGGACAAAAAGAAGCCGGGGAAGACACUCAGCCCAGGGCUGUUGGAUGACUAGACGUUUCUAACCUUAUCCUCUUUCCUUCUUCUUUUAAUUUAAAGCCACAAUAUACCACCACCACACAGAAAAAGAAAUGCAAAAAUCUCUCCGUGCAGGGACGAAGAGGCCUUUAUCCAUGGUGCUUGAUCAUGCUUUCUGAAGCUUUACCAGCUACAAGUUGGGACUUCGGAGACCGGAAGGUAGACAAGGCUGAAGAGCCUGUGCCUGGGACCGCUUGGUCCAGCCUGGUUUAGCCUGGGUGUCGCCGGGUGUGGUGAACCCAGACACGUCGCACUGUGGAUUACUUCCUUUUUUUAAUGAGUGAACGAUACGCAGCAGCGAGGAACGUCUGCUCACGCAGGACACUUUGAAAGAACAUCGAUGCAGUGUGUUCGGAGCAGAAACAAAAAUACCCGAAAAUGUUUUGUUUGAGCUUGUCAAAUCAACAGCCAACAAACCCACCAACAGGGAAAUGAGUGUGGACAAGUGGACUUAAAAUGACAUUCAGUAUAUAAAAUAUGUACAUAAUAUUGGGUGACUAACUAUCAAAUAGAUGGAUUUGUAUCAAUACCAAAUAGCUUCUGUUUUGUUUUGCUGAAGGCUAAACGUGCAGUGCUAUGCAAUUCUUAAUUUUUAUUAUGUUGUUACCAGUUUCAAAUAUACCUUCAGAAUAAGCUCCCCUCACCCCAGUUUUUGUUGCUUGAAAAUAUCGUCCCUCAUUUUUUGUUAAUAUUUGUUUUGUUAUUUUUACUUUUUUUUUUUUUUUAAAGAAAUGUACAGGAUGCCAGAAAGAAAAAAAAUGGCUUAAGAAUUAAAACUAUGAAAUAUUUUACAGUUUUUCUUGUACAGAGUACUUGGCUGUUAGCCCAAGGUUAAAACGUUCAUAACAGAUUUUUUUUUUUUUAAACUAAAUGUUGGGCAGGGCCCUGAUAAGCUUCAAAGCUGCUUUAUUCAAUAAAAAAGAAAAAGAAAAUGA